CGACUGUGUGCUGCAGCACUGGCAUGUACAACAACUGAAAAGCUAAUAGUAGCCAGCUAGUUAGGUUGCCUCAUCCCUCCUGUGCCCCGCAUCUCCUCAGCUGCCUGUGUGGUCGAGCCAAGCAAGGGGUAGCGACCUGGGUGUCGCCUGCAGCUGCAAGCCCAUCCUGCUUUGCGGCGGGCUCUGGUGAAGACCAGCGGCACCUUAGACUCCGCUCCCUGGUACUGUCCGAGUCAUCUGCCACACAGGUCCAGCAGAUCCACAUACACCAGAGUUCCUGUCUUCAGAAACGAGGCCCUGACUGCAACAGUACGUGUGUUGUAAAAGGUUUCCUCUACUAUGUUAAGGUUAAGGAUUCCUUUUAUAUAUCUUUACCCAGCACAUCUACAAAAUGAACAUAUCUGCUGUGUUUAAUGCUCUGCUCGUGUCUGUACUGGCAGCAGUGUUGUGGAAAUAUGUCAAGUUAUGGGAACAGUUCACUGUUAUCGAGGAGGAGUUGGACCUUACCCGUCAAUCCCAAGAGCUGUCUCAGGUACGCAUAGACUAUCAGGCAGCAUUAUAUGCUCUUGUGGAAGAUGGUACUAAAAUGGUUUGUACAGGCAGGAUGCAUACAGAUCGGGUGUGUCGCUUUGAAUCGCUUUGCUACUCCACAGAGGCAGAGGAGUUUGUCUUCUUUCACAGCAACUCAUCUUUCAUGUUGCCAAGCUUGGGCUCUAGACGGUUCCAACCUGCACUUCUAGACUUGUCUUCAGUAGAUGACCACAAUACCCAAUAUUUUAACUUUGUUGAACUUCCAGCUGCUGCACUGAAAUUUAUGCCCAAACCUGUCUUUGUACCAGAUGUUGCCCUCAUAAUGAACAGAUUUAAUCCAGAUAACCUCAUGCAUGUCUUUCACGAUGAUCUUCUACCCUUAUACUACACCAUGCAGCAGUUCUCAGACUUGGACAUGGACUCCCGUUUGUUCUUUAUGGAGGGCUGGGGGGAGGGCUCUCACUUUGACCUGUACAAGCUUAUGAGCAAUAAGCAGCCUCUUCUUAAAGAGCAGCUAAAGUCUUUGGGUAGGCUACUCUGUUUCACCAAGUCUUAUGUUGGUUUAACAAAAAUUUCAACAUGGUAUCAGUAUGGCUUUGUCCAACCACAGGGCCCAAAGGCAAAUAUAUUGGUUUCUGGAAAUGAAAUAAGGCACUUUUCAAAAUUUGUAUUAGAAAAAAUGAACAUUAGCUCUAAUAAAAGUGCCCCUGAAGACUAUAUAGUUCUUUUCAGCCGUACUAUGAAUCGGCUUAUUUUAAAUGAGGCCGAAUUGCUCCUGGCUCUUGCUCAAGAAUUCCAGAUGAAAACCAUCACAGUGUCUUUAGAGGACCACUCUUUUGCAGAUAUCUUACGACUGAUCCGCAAUGCUUCUAUGCUCGUCAGUAUGCAUGGGGCGCAGUUAGUUAUGUCUCUAUUUCUGCCUAAAGGGGCUGCUGUGGUAGAGCUUUUUCCUUACGGUGUAAACCCGGAUCAUUACACACCAUACAAAACACUGGCAACUCUUCCAGGCAUGGAACUCCAGUAUGUUGCUUGGCAAAACAGAGAAGUGGCAAACACAAUCGCAUACCCUGACAGGCCAUGGGAACAAGGUGGCAUUAUCCAUCUAGAUCCCAGUGAGCAAGAACGCAUAAAGAAAAGCAAGGAAGUGCCGCGUCACCUUUGCUGCCGUAAUCCAGAGUGGCUUUUCCGUAUCUACCAGGACACAAAGGUUGAUGUAUCAUCUCUUAUUCAAGUGAUAAGAAGUGUUGUUAAAACUAAAUCUGGUUCUAGGAAGCAAAAGUGGGCAAAUGAAUUAUAUCCUGGGAAGGUAAGGGAAUCCAGAUGCCAGGCAGCUUCCUCUGAAGCGAGUGUAAUGAAGCUGUCUGUGUCUUGGCAUAUUCCAUGGAAUCUCAAGUAUUUGAAAGUAAGAGAUGUCAAAUAUGAAGUCUGGAUACAGGAACAAGGAGAAAAUACAUAUAUGCCUCACAUAUUAUCUUACCAGAACCACACAUUUUCUGAAAACAUAAAACCAUCAACAACCUAUUUGGUGUGGAUCCGAUGCAUAUUUAAUAAAACUCUACUCGGACCAUUUGCAGAUGUUUUGGUGUGCAAAACAUAACGCUAAACUUUAUCUACUAUUUAUGUCCAUCCAUUAGUAAGCAAGUUUCAGAUGCACUGUAACAGUAAAACAGACAUUACUACCAUUGACUAUUUUGAUUUUCUAUGUUUUAAAUUGUUUAUUUUCUGCACUACCUGUAAAAUGGUAAUUGUACUGAACCUGUACUCUACCUUUAGUAAUUGGAAGAUUUGGACUCAAUAAGAGGAGAUAAUUCCUUGGUAAAAUGGCCACCAUUUACAGACCUUGAUCCCAAUAUAUAGCUGUUAUAGAGAAAACUUGUACUGAGCGUGUUUGUUGUUAUGUUGAUAAUGAACUACAUUUCAUUACAUAUUUAUUACAUAUUUAUUUUGAGAAAACAAUGUAAAAGGUAUGUUCACAUUUGAACAUGAUUUUAUAUAUAGAUUUGUGACCUUAUAAAUGAAUUGCUUCACCUCUCUAGCACUGGUCUAAAAAUAAAGCAUUUAAAGAGG